GCGAUUCGUUCGUCAUCAGUUAACUCACAAAUCAUAAGAAUUGUAUUAUUAGUUUAGAAUGUUAAAUGCAACAGAAAAAUAUACCAUUAUGCUCAGUGACGAUGAAUUAAUUCUGGCGAUAAGAUGAAAAUAUUCUUUUUCCAACGAUUCUUAGUAUUUAUAGUUGGAUUUGUAAUUGGUUUCAUAACUGUGCUUUUAUACGAAUGCAUUGAUUAUAUUUUUGCAUCACCUAGAUUUUAUAACGAUUUAUCAAAAAGCAAAUUGACCGCUGUUCAGCAUUGGCCACAAAAUGCAGAAAAUUAUAAGCUAUGGCGUCAAAAUCAAAAUAUUUUAAUCUCAAAAGUUGACCUUGAUUUUUCCAUUUAUGGUAAACAGUCUCAAUUUUCUUUUAUCUUUCCAUUAGAAAAUGAUACGAUCAUUUUAGAAUCAGAAUGGUUGAGGAACAAAGUUCCUAUCGCUUGUAUUGUAUUCGUGGAAAAACUGAAACUUGCAUCUACAAUCAGAGAUACUUGGGGAAAGCACUGCAAUCAUCUUCUAUUUUUUUCGCAACACCUCAUUGACGUUAAUUUAUCUGUGAUCAAUUUAGGAAUAAAAUAUACCUCUUCCUGGCAGUUACUCUGCGAAGUAAUGAAUUACAUUUGGAGCAGGCGUAAUGAAAUUUUAUUACAUUGGACUAUUUUUGUUAAAGACGACACUAUCGUGAUUCCAGAGAACUUGCGCUAUAUGAUAGCUCCGCUUAAUUUUAGAGAACCAUAUUACCUGGGGCACGCUGUCGUCCUUUGGGGUCUACCUUACAACGUAGCUCAAGCUGGAUACGUACUUAGUUAUGAAGUAUUAAGCAGACUUAUGAAAAUAUUUGAUACUUCUAAAAAAUGUGCUGCUGGUGGAAAAUAUUGGAAAAAAGAAGAUUAUUACUUAGGAAAGCACCUUAUGUCUCUUGGUAUUCAUCCAUUGGAUACAAGGGAUUCUGAGAAAAGGGCAACUUUUCAUGGAUUUUCAUUAAAUACGUUGCAAUGGGGACUUGCCAGACCUGGAAGUUAUUAUACUAAAGCCCUUUAUCAACCUGGACUAGAAUGCUGUUCAAACCAGACAAUUACAUUUAAUAUUAGGGAGGUUGAUCAAAUGCGAACGAUAAGUUAUAUAUUAUAUAGAUUACGUAUUUUUGAGAAUGGAAUAUACGGAAAUAGACCAGCGUCAACACCAAUUCCAGAAAAUGAGGUGUGGAGAUCAGCAUUACGCGAAGAAUUUAAUUUAACUGUUGUAAAAGAAAUUUCGAGCGAAGAAUAUUUCAAAAUAUGGCGAGAAAAAUACUCCGAGCCUGAGCACUUCAUAGCAAUGAAAUUUCGAAAAAUGCCCAAAGCAAUAAAAUCAUUCAUGGACAUUUAUGAAUUACAAACAAAAACAUUCCUUAUUUUAAGAUUAUUCAUACUUUUUACAAAGAGAUAA